GUGGAAUUCCCUCAUGCAGGAGUUUGCACUAGAUGCCUUUACAAAGCUGGAUACUCUGGGAGCAGCGUGGGCUGAUGGAGUAUGAACUAGCCUGGGCGAUCUUUACGAGCUGAAAUCCUGCACAUCACAGAAGGGUUUGUUUCUCUGCGCAAAACCUGGGAAGCUGUUAGAAACCUGCUUUAAAAAACAAGUGAACAAUAUACCCAGACCCAAACGCACCAGACUUCUCCAUGAACUCGCCAUGAAUAUAUUUUUCAUUUUUUUUGACAGAAACGUGUAUGUAACUUUCUCUGGAGGAACCGAGGAUUUUUGUAGUUGGUCUUGUAGUAUUUUAAAACUGAGAAACCAGUAGAGUCUUUUCAGCAGUGAUGAGGGAGUGACAAGUCAGAGUUCCUGCGAGUGCACUUGGAAACUGCAAGCAGCUAACGCUCGCUGCCAGAGCCCCCAGAUGGGACUAGAGCCAAGCUCCUGCGCUCCUUACGGGGAUGAAGGUAGAGCCAUGUUACCUGCUACCUAAGCUUGCUGUUGCAGAUGUAGUUUGUGGAUAUGGUCCCGUACCAGGCUUCGUGCACAGACUCUCAGCUCUGAUCCCGCCCGAGACGUUUUAGCGGCAGCAGAGAGACCCCCAGCUGUGGAGCGGGCUCCUCCGACCACCCUGCGACAGAGGGGCUGCAGCGCUGGAGAGUUACUAUGCAGCUUGGACUGUUUGUGGUGGUGGUUUUUCUCAGCUCGAUGGAUCUAACGGGCAGCAGCAAAGUGGUGAAGGGCAAGAGGCAAAGACGAAUUAGCACCGAGCUGAGUCAGGGCUGCGCCAGGGGCUGCGACCUGUGCUCCGAGUUCAAUGGGUGCCUGAGAUGUUCCCCCAAACUCUUCAUCCUUCUGGAGAGGAAUGAUAUCCGGCAAAUUGGGAUUUGCCUACCGUCUUGUCCGCUGGGAUACUUCGGCCUUCGCAAUACAGACAUGAACAAGUGCAUCAAAUGCAAAAUUGAGAACUGUGAGUCCUGUUUCAGUCGAAACUUUUGCACAAAGUGUAAGGAAGGUUUGUAUUUGCACAAAGGGAGGUGUUACGUCACAUGCCCCGAAGGCUACUCUGCUGCCAACGGCACCAUGGAGUGCAGCAGUCCUGCACAAUGUGAAAUGAGUGAGUGGGGGCCCUGGGGGCCCUGCUCCAAGAAGAGGAAGCUCUGUGGCUUCAAGAAGGGCAACGAAGACCGAACGCGGCGGAUUCUGCAGGCUCCCUCUGGAGACGUGUCCCUGUGUCCUGCCACCACAGAGGUGCGGCGAUGCACUGUGCAGAAGAGCCAGUGCCCCGAAGGUGAGCAGACGCGGAAUACCUCGCCGCCCCUCCCCAGCACCCUUUGUUUGUCAGGAACAAGCAUUCAGCCAGGUGUCCGGCCCCGCAAACGCGCUGCGCAUCUCCGUGCCCUCCGCGGUGCAGGGGACACAACGGGACGGCAGCUGGGAAGGCCCCUGGGCGGGAGUGGCACGGCCCCCCGGGCGGGUGAUGCUCGGCACAGCUUGCCGCGUGUCCCACGCGCUUUCGGGUACUUCAGCUGCUUCUCUGGCAGAGCGCAGCAGGGCGGCAGAGCAGCCGAAGGUGCGCGCCUGUGCGCCGCGGCUGUGGGAGUCGUCUCCUCCUCGACCAGAAUGCUUAGGUCUGUGUUUUUCCCAGGAAUUAGCGUGUCUUCAGGAUGAAUGGUGGUUUGGUCAUCGCUUUAUGGGGUGGACGAGGAUUGCAGCUGGGUUGAGUGUUUUGAGGGAAACUGGUUCUGAGCGGUGAGUAACAGCACAGGGAUUAAACAGCCGGGCAGGGGGAGGCAGACACGGCUGGUCUGCUCCUCUGAUGCACCGGGCAGCGUGCGUUAGCUAAGGGGCUUGGUAUGCGGCCGCGGAGAAAUGCAAGUGCUAACGCUUCUGCUGGAGACCGACAAUUACAAAGCUAAAUCCAGAUUUGAUCCUUCUUCCCUGUUUAUAUUUAGGCACCGGCUCGCACUGCAAGGCCCAGCCCGGCACACAGGGCAGCUCCCGGGCACCCCUGGGCGUGGGGAGGGGCGCAGGCCCUGGGGGGCCGCCGGCCAGCUCGCUCUGCCGGAGAGCCUCACGGUGCCCCUUUGCUUCACUGCAGGGAAAAAGAAGAAAAAGGAAGAGCAAGGAAAGCAAGACAACACAAAUGGGAACAGAAAUCAGAAAGACACCAAAGACGCUAAGUCUGGCACCAAGAAGAGGAAGA